AUGGGCGCUGUUACUGGAUUGGUGUUUCCAGAUCAUGUGGUUCUAAUUUCGGGUUCUCUCGUGGAUCCAGGUGUUGCGACACUCAUUCGUGGUGGAUCAAUCCCAUAUCCCCGUGUGUCCUCUACGUCUCCCACGUUAUUAUUUACAGUUCCUGAAAACGAACCAAUCACACGGUCUCAUCCCCCACCGCCUCCUCCCCCUCCCGAUGUACUCAAGGCUCCCCUUUCUGCUUCCCGAUCAGCUGGAACCAAAUCGCGUACUCCCAGCAGGUCGUUAAAAGAUGAAACUGUGAUCAGUCGGUACGGAUCGCUUGUGUUUCACAAUUACUGUCCUUCUUCUGCUGCCUCCUCCAAUUCACCAAGCCUUCGAAUCAACGAUUCUGUCAUUGGUGCCACUCACAAUAUUACCGAACGCCUCCCGAAGCAUCGAGCUCGGGAGGUCCAACAGGCGGAACUACUGCAUUUGGAGGACGCGGCACAGGCCCAUAGGCGUCUGGGUCAGGAAAUUUGCCAAAUGAAGGGUCGUCCUCCUCAUAAAAUUGCUCAAUCCACCCAGCUUAACUCAGUGUUUCAACAAAUCGUGCUCGCUCAGCCCUCUGAACAAUCGUCACCACAACAAUGCUUCGUAUUCUCAAGCCCAGCCCAUUCCCUCCACCAGGCACUGGUGCCGCCCCCACCAUCAUCAGUGUCCCCUCCACCGCCUCCUCCUCCUCCGGCACCCCCUCCGCCUCCGAUCCCACGUAAAUUCUCCACUCAGCUCUUUCCAACCAGCCAUAUUUUUGGGAACGGUAGUGCGACCGUAUUAACCUUGAACAAUGGCCGCUCGAUGGCAGAUGCAGUGACGCAGCAAAUUCACAGUCAGCCUCGACAGCAGCAGCAGCAGCAGCAUCGAGUUCUGGGCUUGGCUCCUGCUGCCUCUCUCUUAACGACCGCUCGGUCAGGCAGUUCAACUGAGUCGGUAGGAAAGGUUGCUUCUCUGGAGGAAAUCGAAUCGGUGUGGCUAGAUCUUCGGCGUCUUCAACAAGAUAUCACUGAAGAAGCAUCACGGAUAGGACUCAACAUUUAUUCCAGCGAUGGAUUUCCAGGAGCCUUCACCGUAGCAACUUCAAGUGAAGUGGAACCAAAUCAUCCGACUUGUCAGCGGUUGAAUCAGCUGGUGAAGGAGCAUGCCAAUCUCUGCUCCCUUGCUCGUCUUCUCAUCUCCGACCGUCUGGAGUUUUUGGACGAAACCGAUCUCUUUCUUCUUCACCGCGAGAGGCCAGUAGAAAAAGAUAAGGAGACUCUUGAUGACAGCAUCGAUGUAAGCUGCAAUAGCAGUUUACCUGUCGAUACGCAGAAGAAGUCAGUGGGAUCGGAACUAGAGCGUAGUUUGCUGCAAUCCUACUUGUGCCGUUUGGGUGGUAACUACUAUCAACGCGGAGCAGCUCGCGCCCGUAGGGCUCGCCAACUCUCUUAUCUAGCCUCAUCGGGGACACCUCUUUCUUCCGAUCCUAUUGGCGUCAGUUCUAAUACUGCGCUGCUGCAGACCUUCUGGCGUAAUAGCACAAUCCUUCCUGCCCAUUCAGAAAACAUAUUCUAUCAACAGCAGACCAGCCAACCUGUUUCUCAGAAAAUGAAUGGGAACAUUGUGAAAUUGCCCUCAGCCACAGAAGCAUGGAUGGAUCAAUUAUGCACCUCUACUGCAAUCCAAACUACUUUUAAUCCAGUGUCAUCAUCACCUUCAACGGCAACAGUAGCUUCAGUUCCGGCCCCAAUCCUUCACACCACUUCUUCUAUGCCAGCGAAUCUACAUCUUGUUAACGCACCCGCCACCAUGGUUCUGAGUUCUGCUAUGACCGAUCCCUUCUUCCCUGCACCCCCAACCGCUUCUGUUACCAACGCCGCAUCUGCUAGCAAUGGAGGACAGGGAGAAGUAGCUGUCUUUCUCCCUUCCACGAGUGGCAGUUCUAGCAGUUCUGGGCCAGUCCUCACUGCUGAGGGUUCUUCUUGCUCCAUUCCUACCUCCUCAAAUGGCCAAAUAGCCGAACCAACUCGAGACACCCUCAUGGCUAUGGAGUUCUCUCCAACUGAUCUUAACGACAUACCAUCGCCACCAAGAGCGGAGACUCAUGAUAUCUCCGAUGUACAGGACUUCCUCAGCGCAUUUCCCUUAGAUGAGGAGGUGAUGGGAUUCGGCGCUGCCUCCCCAGUUAUCCCCUCGACUACUACUGUCACUUCUUUUGACUCGGAGCUUUCUUCUGACCCUCAUUUAUUCGUACCACCAGACGCAGAUCUCUUGUGGCGCCAGGGUCUCAUGGACAUAUCAUAG